AUGGGCGACAAUCCCUUGUCCGGCGACCGAGUCGCAACCGCUUGGGACUCUCAACCCAUCGCCGCUUCCGGAAACCCACUCGUCCUUCCUGACGAAUAUUGGCCCGAGAAGUCUGGUACCACAGUAAUUCGCGACGUGGGAGAGGUGGACCGCAAGUCUAAUCGAGAUGUUCCUGCUCCACGUGGUGUCCGGACUGCGACUGCGACUGCGACUGCGACUGCGACGCUGUUGCGCCGCAGCGAAAUAAAAAGCCUAGCAUGUCUCUGCCUGUGCCUUGCAUUUUGGAUGGCUGGUAUCCCGAACAUGUUGGCUAGAUUUUUAGGUCGCUCUGUUGAAGCGGUGCAGAACCACAAGGUUUCUGUGCCGGAUCGGACGUUGCGGUUGACGAAGGAUGGCACGUUUCAAAUCAGUGUUUUUGAAGACUUGCAUUUUGCGGAAGAUGCCAACAAAGAUCUCCUUACAAAUAAGGUAAUGGACUAUGUUCUAUCCAAGGAGAAGCCGCAGCUUGUGGUUAUAAAUGGAGAUUUGGUCUCUGGCGAAGCUACCCAAGCUUCUAAUUCAAACCAAUAUUUGGAUCAAGUUGUCUCUCCUUUGGUUAAGGGUGGAUAUUUGUGGGCCUCGACAUAUGGAAACCAUGACAGCAAUCCGAAUCUAGACCCACGGCAAGACGUAUACGACCAGGAAAAGAAAUACCAGAACAGCCUGACGCAAAGUUUGGUCUCCGAUUCAAAGGCUGGAAUCACCAACUAUUACUUGCCGGUUUUUUCUCAUGGUGGUUCUGAAAGUGAUACUCCUGUGCUCUUGUUAUGGUUCUUUGACUCGAAGGGUGGACGCGAGCCAACCAAUCGAGUAUCAAAACGCGAUUCGAUCGUAAGACCCGACUGGGUCGAUCAAUCGGUCGUCGACUGGUUCACGCAGACAAAUUCCGAUCUCAAGGACAAAUAUGGAAAGGUCGUGCCAUCAUUGGCCUUCUAUCAUAUCCCCGCCGAUGCUAUGCGAGCAUACCAAGACAAUGGAGUAGAUUCUCAUACUGCCCCUGGUAUCAACGGAGAAACCGUCGUUCAGCAAGGGUCCGGUGAUGGACCUUACACAGGACAAGACACAACAUUUAUGAAAGCGCUUUUGAAUACCUCGGGACUGAUGGCAACGUUCAGCGGGCAUGACCAUGAGAAUGACUGGUGCUUUAAGUGGGAUGGCAAAACCAUUGCCCAGGACCUUUCAGGUAAUGGGAUCAACAUGUGUUAUGGUAGACAUACCGGUUACGGAGGCUAUGGAAGUGCUGCACGUGGUGGAAGGCAGAUUCUUCUCAACGAGGAAAGUUUGGCUGAUGAAGUUGAAACUUGGAUUCGACUGGAAGAUGGUACAAUCUCGGCCCAUGUCACCCUAAACGCGUCAUAUGGACAGGACCAGUACUCAUCUGUUAGCCAUCAAGUGGCGGCGAGAAUGGAGGGUGCAGGAGUUAGCCUUGAUCAUUCGUCGUCUCUUAUUUACAUGGUGUAUUUGUGGCUUCCGAUUGUACUGGUUUGGCAGUGGAAACACUGA